AUGCCUGAUUUCAAGCUCUCGGCAACCCUCGAGGGCCACGGCGAUGAUGUUCGCGCGGUGGUCUUCCCAAACCCCAAUGUCGUGCUCUCCGCUUCUCGAGAUGCCACAGUCCGGCUCUGGAAGCUCGUUGCGACUCCUCCCCCCGCAUACGAUUACACGAUCGCUGCACAUGGCACAGCCUUCAUCAACAGCUUAGCCUAUGUCCCCCCCACAUCUCAAUACCCUGAAGGCCUUGUUCUUUCUGCUGGACAAGAUUCCAUAAUUGAAGCCAGACAGCCGGGCAAAGGGGCCGAGGACAAUGCCGAUGCUAUGCUUCUAGGCCACGGCCAUAAUGUUUGUGCUCUAGACGUAUCCCCGAACGGUAGUUGGGUUGUCAGCGGUAGCUGGGAUUCAACUGCACGUCUGUGGAAGGUUGGCAAGUGGGAGUGUGAAGCUGUGCUGGAAGGACACGAGGCGAGCGUCUGGGCUGUGCUGGCCUACGACGAUAACACAAUCAUCACAGGCUGCGCUGAUAAAAUGAUUCGCAUAUUCAAUACCUCCGGAGCUCUCCUCGGGAGCGUACAGAACUCCAACGACGUCGUUCGGGCCCUGUGCAAGCUUCCAGCGUCGAACCCCACAGGUGCCCAAUUUGCAUCGGCUAGCAAUGAUGGCAUAAUUCGUCUCUACACACUUGAAGGUCAACUCGUCGCAUCUCUUCAUGGUCAUGAGAGCUUCAUCUACUCGCUUGCUGCGCUCCCGUCGGGUGAACUGGUGAGCUCAAGUGAAGAUCGCACCGUGAAGAUUUGGAGCGGGACUCAAUGCGUGCAAACCAUCACCCAUCCUGCGAUCUCGGUGUGGAGUGUUGCAGCCUGCAGUCAGACGGGUGAUAUCGUCACCGGUGCUAGUGACCGCAUUGCCCGUGUCUUCAGCCGAAGCCCAGACCGCCACGCAGCCCCGGAGGCUGUAAAUCUUUUUGAUCAGGCUGUUAAGGAGUCAUCUAUCCCGGCGCAGCAGGUUGGCCAGAUUAAUAAGGAAGAGCUACCGGGCCCAAAGUUCCUGAAAGAAAAGUCUGGCACCAAAGAGGGUCAAGUUCAGAUGAUCAGAGAAAAUGAUGGCAGUGUUACCGCCCACACCUGGUCAUCCGCAUCACAAGAGUGGAUUGCCGUUGGAACGGUGGUGGACUCAGCUGGAAGCAGUGGGCGGAAGACCGAAUACCAUGGACAGGAUUAUGACUACGUCUUUGAUGUCGAUAUUGAGGACGGCAAGCCUCCGUUGAAGCUACCAUACAACGCCUCGCAGAACCCAUACGAGGCUGCCACUAAGUUUAUUGGAGAUAACGAGCUUCCUAUGACCUACCUCGACCAGGUUGCGAACUUCAUCACCCAGAACACCCAAGGCGCCACGAUUGGACAAUCAGCCCAGGAACCAGAAGGUUCCGACCCUUGGGGAUCCGACCGACGAUACCGCCCUGGUGACGCAUCAGCUGCUGAAGAAUCCCAACCCCUGCUCCCGAGCCGCGACCCAAGGUGCUCCCGCAGAAAACUUACCUCUCGAUUCGCUCAGCAAACCUCAAAGUAA